CUUCCUGUUUGUCCUCCGUCAGACCUGUCGGACGCCAUCCUUCACUCGAUGCAGCGUAGCCGGCGCCUUGUCUUCGUCCUAAGCCCCAACUUCCUGGCAGAAAAGAGCUUCAGCCUCCUGGAGUGUCGUCUGGGUCUGUACCUCCAACAUGGCCACCGGGCCUCCGUCGUUGCCGUAGUUUACCGCUCCAUCAGUAAAUUGCCCUACGUGGAGGUGGCUCAGCUCCGGCAGGCCGCCGCCACCACCGUGACGUGGCGAGGGAGUCAGUCCGAACCACGGCGAUCACGCUUCUGGCUGAGACUGAGGCUGGCGCUGCCCGUCCGGCCGCUCGCUAUGGGCCGAAGGUUGAUCGACAGCACGUCGUCUCACUCGGACCUGGCCGCCAUGGCGCUUCAGAGAGUUCAACGGAUCCACAAGCAGAAAGACGGAGCCAAUCAGAGCCGCAGAACCAGGCGGGCGCCACCCAGAGGGCGGGGCAGAGUGAAGAGGGGGGGGUGGUCACAGCACAGCACCAGCUGCUCGGGGUGCGCCGGGUUUACUGGUCAGGUGGAGGACAUAGGGGCGGGGCUAACAGGAGAGAUGCAGCAGGUGUCACAUGACACGACUGAGAUUCAGUCGGACCCGGUACCUGAAACAGACCCCGCCCCAACGCCAGACUCCAGCAAUGACCCCGCCCCAACACCAGACUCCAGCCAUGACCCCGCCCCGACGGCAGACUCCACCAAUGACCCCGCCCCGACGCCAGACUCCAGCCAUGACCCCGCCCCAACGCCAGACUCCAGCCAUGACCCCGCCCCGACGGCAGACUCCACCAAUGACCCCGCCCCGACGCCAGACUCCACCCAUGACCCCGCCCCGACGACAGACUCCACCCAUGACCCCGCCCCAACGCCAAACUCCACCAAUGACCCCGUCCCGACGCCAGACUCCACCCAUGACCCCGCCCCUCACCUGGCCUCAGACCCCGCCCCUGACUCCGCCCUCCCCACCUGCCUGCAGAUGAUUGGAACAGGGGAGGGGCUUGUUGUUAAAGGCUCCGCCCCGACUCUGGAACCCAGCGGAGCCUUUGGUUCAGACUGUAAGUGA